UUCCCAUAGGGACCCCCAACGCUGAGACACUAUGGCCCUGACCUCAGAGUUGGGGAAACAGAUAAAACUGAAAGAGGUGGAGGGGACCCUCCUGCAGUCUGCAACUGUGGACAACUGGAGCCAAAUCCAGAGCUUCGAGGCCAAACCAGAUGAUCUCCUCAUCUGCACCUACCCUAAAGCAGGGACAACAUGGAUUCAGGAAAUUGUGGAUAUGAUUGAACAGAAUGGGGACGUGGAGAAGUGCCAGCGAACCAUCAUCCAACACCGCCAUCCUUUCAUUGAGUGGGCUCGGCCACCCCAACCUUCUGUGCUUGUACUACACAGAUGUUUCCUCUUGAACUAUUUUAAAGGUGUGGAAAAAGCCAAAGCAAUGCCCUCUCCACGGAUACUAAAGACUCACCUUUCCACUCAGCUGCUGCCGCCAUCUUUCUGGGAAAACAACUGCAAGUUCCUUUAUGUAGCUCGAAAUGCCAAAGACUGUAUGGUUUCCUACUACCAUUUCCAAAGGAUGAACCACAUGCUUCCUGACCCUGGUACCUGGGAAGAAUAUUUUGAAACCUUCAUCAAUGGAAAAGUGGUUUGGGGUUCCUGGUUUGACCAUGUGAAAGGAUGGUGGGAGAUGAAAGACAGACACCAGAUUCUCUUCCUCUUCUAUGAGGACAUAAAGAGGGACCCAAAGCAUGAAAUUCGGAAGGUGAUGCAGUUCAUGGGAAAGAACUUGGAUGAAACAGUGCUAGAUAAAAUUGUCCAGGAGACGUCGUUUGAGAAAAUGAAAGAAAAUCCCAUGACAAAUCGUUCUACAGUUUCCAAAUCUAUCAUGGACCAGUCAAUUUCCUCCUUCAUGAGAAAAGGAACUGUGGGGGAUUGGAAAAACCACUUCACUGUUGCCCAGAAUGAGAGGUUUGAUGAAAUCUAUAGAAAAAAGAUGGAAGGAACCUCCAUAAACUUCUGCAUGGAACUCUGAGCAAGAUGUAAACACAAUUAAAAGGUGGAUGGCAACAGUGCAAACACUAUCUUCAAUCCUUCAGUCCUAGCCAGAAGAAUCUCUGAAAGCAUAUUGUGAAUGUAUAUGAUGUAGUACAAACGAUCUCUGUAAUGAUUAACAGUAUGUCACUGCUUCAUUUUUAAAAAGGGAUCAUGUCUAAUGCCCAUUUUCCCAACUAUUCUUUCCAAAGUAAGAUAUAAGAUAGCUUAAUAAACUAAGUAAAACAUAUGACUUGAAUACAAAAAGAUUGUUUCAGUCCCCAUUAUUCUGGAAAGUGUGUCCUAGUCUCCCAGUCUAUAAUAUCAUACUACCUUGAAUAUAAGUCCAAAUAUUAGGCUAUAUCUAUAUUAAUAACAAAAUGUCUGGCAUCUGUCCUGACCAUUCAGGCACCUCCAGCCUGGGCUCAAUCCUGGAGUUCUGUCUGGUCACUAUCAGAAGGAACACUACACUUUGAGGGCAACCCUGGUGCAGCCAGCCCUGAGGAAACAUGGCCUGAGUGCCCUCACGGGUGGGUGGGAAUAAAACGGAAGUGCACAGAGGAGAUAUCAGAAGACCAAAACCUGGUUAAUAGUCCUAGUGCUAGGUCCUAUAGGAAACAAAAAGCAUGAUGGUGGCCUUUUGGGAACCCAAGUUGUGUCCUGGUGAAAGCAGAAAGGUGGAGACAGGAUGGCAGUCAAUGUCAGCAUGGGCAUGGCUCCCAGGCAUGGAGGUAAUUGGGUCUUGGCUUCAAUGCCACCCUUUUGGGAAGCCCUAAACCAAGUGAGGUGUUCUUUUCCCAUGCUUCCCGUAUUUGUCCCAGUUGCAGCUGUGUUGUUAUGUAUUUACUCAGCAAUUUCUUAUCUAUACCUCUCACUUAAUUGUUAAUUUUUUGGGGUUCAGUCUCAUGCAGUAUUUACUCCUAGUACCUAAUACAGUGCCUGGCACACAGCAAGUGCCCUUGAGAACUUGUAGAGGGAGUUAAAAAAUGCAUGGAUAAAUGACUGCAACAAAUCACAGAUUUUCAACUUUGACCCUUUUAGUCCCAAAUAGUGGCAUUCCAUAGCUGAGGGGAAUAGGAGCAGUUCACCCUGGGAGCAGGCAAUAAGAGGAAUAAAUGAAGCCAACUAAAAUUCUGACUGCUUUUUGUUGGAUUUCAAAGGGUGUUUUUUUUUUAAUUGGGUCUUGCUAUAUUGCCUAGGCUGGUCUCAACUGACUGCUUUUUAUUAUUACCAUGCACUGGCAAUUCCAAACAAUGUCAGUGUUAAAAUACUUCUCCCUGAAAAAAAAAA